CGCGCUGUGCGAGAGAGAGAGAGAGGGCGCGAGGAGAGAGAAAUGCAGGGUUUCGGUUCCUCUCUCCUCCAUGCUUCUUCCACUCCUGGAUCCCACGAUCCCUUUGCUCGCGAUCGCUAAUUGGUUUUGUUGUAGGUGAUUUUGCAAAAUUAUAUCAGAUCUGAGACUGGAUAUAGAGAUCAUAUCCAUUUCUUACUUUUUUGUUUAUACUAUACAUUGGCUUGGUUGCCUAAAUUUGUCAUUGCAUCAACCGUCACAAUGUGGGGUUUUGCAUCAAAUGCCAUUGCUGGUAGUUUAGGCCCAAAGAAGACCUACCAAAAAUCAAGCACAUCCAAUCUUGAUUGCUCAGAUGAUGAUGUUUCUUCAUGCACCAGCAGAGAAGAAGGUCUGGAUUGUCCAAUAUGCUGGGAAUCAUUUAAUAUUGUCGAGAAUGUGCCCUAUGUUUUGUGGUGUGGCCAUACCUUGUGCAAGAAUUGCAUCUUCGGACUUCAGUGGGCUGUUGUUAAAUUUCCAACUGUACCAAUCCAAUUGCCUUUCUUCAUCUCCUGCCCAUGGUGCAAUCUUCUGUCAUUUCGGCUGGUUUACAAGGGUAAUCUCACAUUUCCUCGCAAAAACUACUUCCUACUCUGGAUGGUAGAGAGCAUGAAUGGCAAUAGGGUGAAGUCUCAGUCCUCAAUCUGUGGGGAGCACCAUCCUGUCUGCCCUUCAAGUAAUGGUUACCGCCAUCACAGCGCACAAAGAGCUCCAAAUAUGCAUGCAGAACACUCCUAUGCUUAUCAGAAUCAUGCUAGCCUUGUUGGUAACUACUUCAGUUCAGAGAGGAUCCAUGCUUCCCUACGUAAAUCACUCGCUUUCUGUAUUCACAUAACUGCUAAGUUCCCACUUGUAAUCAUCUUGCUUCUCAUUGUCCUAUAUGCCAUCCCUGCUAGUGCUGCCAUUUUAGCCUUGUACAUCCUUGUCACUCUCCUGUUUGCAUUACCAUCCUUUUUGAUACUAUAUUUUGCAUUUCCUAGUUUGGAUUGGCUUGUCAGAGAGAUCUUCACUUAAGAGGCUUUUCCUUCCAUCCAAACCAGGGCUAGAGAUUGACAGGGUUAUUAGCCAGUGAAGCACAUGAAUUAUGUUCAUUGUCAUGCAGUUUUCCUCUGCAGUGAUGUACAAAAUAGUCAUCUGGUGCAUGGUCUGGUGCUCCAUGUAUGUUGUUUUGGUUCCCAUAGAUCAGUUGGAGCUUGGUGAGUAAUGCAUGUCAUUCAAGGUGUUGGCAUCAUGUUUGACCGAGAGAUCAGUUACCUUUUUUUCCACCUUUGGGAGGCAAAUGUGGUGAUCCUGAUGGAAAAAGCCCUUAAAUCAUUUCUGUUCGGUUAUUGGGCUAUUGUGCAUAACAGUGCUUUCUGAAGUCAUGGUUUGUGAUUGUUGCUUGUAUUGUUGGUGUAUGAUAUAUCUAGUUCCUUUUUGUAUGGCUA